AUGAUCUCAUACGCCCUACAGCAAGUUUGCACAGAUGAAGAAAAGCAGAAGUUUUGGGAGGAGCUGGACGAGGAGGUAAGAAAAGUACCAGCGGAAGAGAAACUCUGGGUUGGCGGAGACUUCAAUGGACACGUUGGCAGUGACAACACAGACAGAGAAGAAACAGUUGGCAGAUAUGGUUACAGUGACAAAAACGACAAAAACACCGAAGACUGUAAGGUCAUUCUAGGUGAAAGAAUCACAAACCAACAACGACCAGUCAUCUGCAAGCUAAGAGCUGCUGAGUAUAAAGUCCAUAAUGAACAAGGAAUGCCGAAAACCAAAUGGUGUAAGCUGGAAGAAGAAAAAUGUAGGAAUGACUUCAAAGAGAAGGCAAGAGAGAGACUAGAAAGGAGAAGGCAGGAGGAGAGGUGCGACUGGGAAACCAUAGCAGGAGACAUGAGAAUUCUGGGAGAGGAAGUCCUAGUCCAUCGGGAAUAUCGAAGACCGGAAUGGAGACAUGAGGGCAUGAAAAAGGUAUUGAGGAUGGCGAAGCAGAAGGAUAAGAACUCGACGGAUAUCUAUCAGAUGAAACUGAUAAAGAGUGAGGAAGGAAAUGUGCUGACGAAAGAUGAAGAGAUCCUGGAAAGGUGGCGGACAUACUUCAUGAGACUCAUGAAUAAAGAAAAUCCAAGAGAAGUGCGAGAGGGGGAGCAAGCUGAGAACUGGGAAGAGGUAGAAACCAUCACGGAAGACGAGGUGAAGAGAAUGCUCAAGAAGAUGAAAAACAGGAAAGCAGUGGGCCCCGACAAUUUGCCCAUAGAAGUCUGGAAGUGUAUGGGAGAAGGGAUAACAUUCCUAUGCACAACACUAAACAAGAUCUGUGAAGAUGAGGAGAUACCGGAGUCUUGGUGGAAGAGCACCCUCAUACCUAUCUACAAGAAAAAAGGUGACAUUAUGGCGUGCGGGAACUCCCGCGGGAUCAGACUCAUGCGUCACUGCAUGAAAUUAUAUGAAUGCAUAAUUGAACACAGGCUGAGGAGACGAGUCAACAUCAGUGAUGAACAGUUUGCAUUCAUGAAAGGGAAGUCCAUCACAGAUGCCCUUUUUGCCUUGAAACAAGUGCAGGAGAAGUACAGAGAGGGCUACAAAGAUCUGCAUGGCGUGUUCAUCGACCUGGAGAAGGCCUACGAUAGAGUGCUGCGGGGGGAACUGUGCUGGUUCAUGUGA